CAGCUCGAGCGGUGGCUCGGCUGCUGCUGCGGCUGUGGCUGGCGCUGCGGUACUCGCUGCUGCCACUGGUGCCGCCGCCAGAGACUGAGCCCAACGCUGUCAUGCUCCUGCCGCGGGGCGGGCGGCAGCGUCGUCCCGUCGCUAUAUAAGCGCAAGCAGAGGGGGCACCCGGAGGGGCUGAAAAUGAAGGUGCCCGCGCAUGGGCCGCCGCUGAUUGCCAACCCCUCCCGAGCUUGCUCCAGGCGUGGAGUCCGAGGCCGCCGAGGACCCGCCUUCACCGCAGUAGCAGCAGGAGCAGCGACGCGGACAGCAACUGCGGCGGCGGUGGCGGUGGCGCCCCUCGCGCCAGCGCGUAGAACCGCGGCGACUCCGGGGCCGCCGCUGGCCCCGCUGCCAUGAGUUGUGCGGAGGUGAUGUAUCACCCCCAGUCGUAUGGAGCGCCCCAGUAUCUGCCCAACCCCGUGGCAGCUGCAACCUGCCCCACAGCCUGCUAUCAUCCGGCGCCCCAACCUGGCCAGCAGAAGAAGUUAGCGGUAUACAGCAAGAUGCAGGACUCUCUGGAAGUCACGCUUCCCAGCAAACAAGAGGAGGAGGAGGAGGAGGAGGAUGAGGAGGAGGAGGAGGAGAAAGACCAGCCUGCCGAGAUGGAGUACCUUAACUCUCGCUGUGUCCUUUUCACUUAUUUCCAGGGAGACAUUGGGUCAGUAGUGGAUGAACACUUCUCAAGAGCUUUGGGCCAAGCCAGCAACUUGCAUCCAGAAUCUGCCAUUUCAAAAAGCAAGAUGGGGCUAACCCCCUUAUGGCGAGACAGCUCAGCUCUCUCAAGCCAGCGGAGUAAUUUCCCAACUUCCUUUUGGACCAGCUCUUACCAGUCCCCACCUGCACCCUGUUUGGGGGGAGUUCAUCCUGACUUCCAAGUCACUGCACCCCAUGGCACCUUUACAACAGCAGACCCCAACUCUUGGCCAGGACAUGGUCUGCAUCAGACUGGCCCUGCCCCACCCCCUACUGCGUCCGAGUCCUGGCACUAUCCUCUGGCAUCUCAGGUGAGCCCGUCCUACAGCCACAUGCAUGACAUGUACAUGCGGCAUCACCAUCCUCACGCCCACAUGCACCACCGCCACCACCAUCACCACCACCACCCAGCUGCUGGUUCUGCCCUGGAUCCCGCGUAUGGGCCCCUGCUAAUGCCAUCAGUGCGUACUGCCAGGAUUCCUGCUCCCCAGUGUGACAUCACAAAGACAGAUCCGACUACAGUCACCACUGCUACCUCAGCAUGGGCCGGAGCCUUUCAUGGGACAGUGGACAUCAUGCCAAGUGUGAGCUUUGAUGCAGGUCUUCAACAUCAGGACAAGAGCAAAGAAUCAGCUUGGUACUGAAUCAUGGUAUUAGCAAGUCAUAUUGCAACCUGAAUCCAAGGGCCACUGGGAAAAGAUGCCAUUGGGAUUUCCUAUCCAGCAAUGGGACACAGGAAAAAUGGAUGGAGAAGAGAACGUAGAAGGCCAUUGUCUUUAGAUUUGAACUGUUUCUGGAGAAAACAGAGUGGGUCCUAGUCAUUGAAGAGAAGCAUUUUGUCUGUUUUCCCUCAUCUGAGCCUUUGUCAGCUGUGCAACGUCUCAUUUUACACGCCUUUACCAGAACCUACAUCAGUUUUUGUUUUCUCUUUUUUCUGUUUGAACUAGUCAACUUGUCAGAAGAUGAGCCAACAGAUGAAAUGCUCAUUCCUUCAGGAAAACCAUUUUGUAUCUUUCUCUUCUAUUUUUGUAGAAAUACAGAAACUUUGGUUUAGCAUGAAGGGGAUAUUUUUGAGGGAUGUAUUUUUUUUUAAUAUUGUAACAAUUGGUGAGUUCUGUUUAAAGAACUUGCUCUCAGAAAAGCACUGGUCAAAACAUGUUGAAGUGCAGCUCUUUAAAAUGUCGGGAAUACUCUGUGUCUGUGCUUCCAAGGGUACCUCAAGGGUUUCAGCUUUUCUCAGCAGUGGCGCUAUCAUAGACAAACUAGUGAAGCAUUGGGUUUAUAUUGAAUCUCAGUGAAGGUUUAAUUCCAUUAUAGUUCCCUUAGUUUGCAGUUAUAUACGUGCAGUUUGAAAGGGCACUUUCUUUUAAAGGGCCACAGAUUAUAGCAUAUUUUAUUACUUUUAUUUUCCCAAAGAAAUGAACAAAAAGUCAUUCUCUCUAUAGUCCAUCCAAUCUUAAUAAUUAGGAAAAGAGCUUAUGCACACUUUCAUUCAAUACAGGAAAAACAAUGCAUUUAGCCAUAAUUCCUGUGGAUACCAGUGACUAACUUUCCUGAUUUCUAACCAUUCAUUCAUGGCAAUUUUGAACGUCCUACUUUGAAUGAGUUUAUUUCCCGUAGUGAAUUCAAAUGAGUAGCUUCAGGAAAGGAGGAAGACACGUGACACAGCACUGACUUUUCUUCUCCAUUGUAAACUGACAAGUAAUGUAUUUGAUAUGUAAUGAUUUAAUUCAAGCAUGUUGCAAGAUUUUAAUUUUCUUUUAAGUGCAAUUAGCUUUGAAAAGUUGCAGAAAAAUUAGAGUAGCAAUGAAUUUAACUUAAUGCUUCAAUUGCAGAAACUGAGUUAAAAAUUGAAAGUUUGAGAAAUGAAACUCACAUGGGCCACACAUAAAAAAAAAAAGCGAAGUUGGGAUUAUUAACCUUAAGAGAAGAUCAAGCCAAGAUUACGAUUAUGAAGGAAACGGUAACUGGCAAAUCUAAGAGACAGUCUCUUGUUCCUUUCAGUUGCUCCCAGCCGUUGGUUAUAUAGGAACUGAGUGUGGUACAGAUGUUUGUAUUUGAUAAUUUUCUCAUCUCUCUCAACACACACAAAACUGAAUGUUGAGAAACGUGCUACUUUCUGUUUUUAAUUGUGUACAUCGUGGGUGUGAAUACUUUACACAUUAACGACACAACAAAUGGUUCAGCAGAAUCCUCACAACUCCUUUCCUAACAUUUUCCUUGGCUGUAUCAUAUGCAUUAGUUUCUCCUCCUGCUGGAUUUGCAUUAUAAUCCCAUAUCAUUGCUGUAUCCACAUUCUACACCAUUUCUUCAUCUUGGUUUUCUUUAACACAGUCUUUGCAUCCCCCCCCCUCACCAUGGAGUCUAGACUUACGGUAGCUUCCACUUGAUGAUAUAUAAUUUAAAUAUCCAGACAGUGGCCUCAUUAAAUUCUGUUCCUUUUUGUCUGGACUUUGAUUAAAGAAAAAACUGAUUUUAUUUGUUAUCUGCACAAAUAUGUGGAUCACAGAGUUGAAUGCAUCUGUCAAAUUCAUUUUGGCUUGAGUCCUCCUGAGUUAAGAGAGAUUCACUGGCUGUUGUCUCAUCUGGUCUUGGAACAUACUGACUUACAUUGCAGCCCCUUAGAACGGUGCCACACUUGAACUCAGUGAGCUUCUUUCAUUGAAUUUUCCUAGUUAAGGUGAGGUUAAGAGGGCCAACUCUUUGCUUCUUUCUUUCUUUAUCAUCAAAUUGGAUGGAAAGAGAAAGCAGAUAAUUUAGUGAUUUUGCUCUUAUCCUCUCUGAACUGUGGGCAAAAGAUUAUUUGUCUCGAGGCUUAAGGAAAGUGGAAAAAUCUGAAUCUUCUGCAUGCAGCAAAGACGUGUGCUCGCCCUCCAUUAGAGAGCAGCAGGGGUAUGAGCGGCACACUGUCACCGAAGAAAUGCAUCAAAUCUAGUGAAAGGAGAGGGAACGUGUCUAGUUGUCCAGCAUCACUCAAUGUUUUGACAUUACUCUAACAACCAGCUCUAUUAAAGGGAGUUAUAACAUAGCAAAAUAAAUAAUCUGAAUUCAUUCGCAUGUAAAAUGCUAUUAUAUUAUACUCUGAGUAUGGAUUUUUUCACUUCAAAGUAUGGCUGCUUUGUUGAAAGGUGAGUACCACCUGCCCCUCUGACUUCAUUAAACCCACUCUACCUUUGACUGUUUUACAACUUAAUUUUCUUUCAGUCUAUCUGAAAACCUGUAAACAUAACACUGGAAAUUUUAUUAUUCUAUAUAGAAUCUAUUAUUUCACUAAUGGACUAUCUAAUCUAAGAAACAUCAUAAUGUUGACUAUAUGGGUCCACACAGGAUAUGUGAUCUUUUUUUGUGAAUUUGUAAAGGGACUCUAAAGUUUAGAGUCUAAAAUUUUUAUGAACAAAGACAGAUUUUUUUAACUUUUCCAACUUUUCUCAUAUCUAUUUCUUUUUAAGAUUUGCAUUAUAUUACCUCCACAAAGUAGUAAUAUUGCCCAAAAAUUAGUGAAUUGCAAAAAUAUUGAAGAAUACAUUUCCUGAAUUUAUAUCAUUAAAAAUGUUUUAUAGGAUGCCUAUAUGAGUCCCUUGUUUUUGUCCAUUUCCAAGCUUACCGAAAAUGGAAAAGGAAGUAUCUUUAAGCUCACUGCGUGACUAAAGGUUGUAACUGUAAUUUCAAGUGACAGAGACUAUCGUUAGAAAUUGCAGUCUGUCCCUUAUGAAAAGCAUCCUGUGUGAAAUAAUAUUUGCUGAAUUAGCUGGUGGGAGUGGCAGUAAGUGAUGGACAAGAGAAGGACACAUGUUACUGUUUCGGCUGAGAAGAGAGUAGGCGAGCAGGAGGAGUUAGUGUAAACUUGUUCUUCACCGAAGUCUGACUUAGCCAUGGCUUAUUGUGUGAUUUGGAACGUCAUUUAUUUACCUCCUGAUGAAACUGGGACAAUGCUACCUAAUAAAGAAGGCUGGGAAAGUUUGAAAACAUACAGAUGUGCCUGACUUAUAGUUCAAAUAACUGACAGCCUCCACAAAUGAGCAUCGGUUCAACAAGUUGGUUUUUAAGUUGAACCCUUAAAUAUCCUUUUUUUUCCUUCAUGUUGCAUAUUCAUUCUUCAGAAGUCAAGUAAACCAGUGGCUGCUUUUCUCUAAGGAGUCAUGCAUGGCAAAGAGAACCUUUUACUCUUCUUACAGGAGAAAAAAAAUUGCUGACUUCUUAAUUAACUCUGAAUUUUUAAUACGGUGUUUUAAAAGGAAAGUUAAUUAAACAUUUAGUGGUUGUGGGCUGAGUCUAAGUCAUAUUCAUUCACAACUCUAUACAUUGCUGUCUCUGAAAUGAGGAGGACAGUGCCUUUUGCCUUCAAGCUGCCUAACUUGUAUUUGUCAGGUAUGCAUUGUGUUUCCUUGGAACCCGAUUACGAAUGUUCCCUUUCAAUUUCCCCCCCCCACCCCUUGUUUUUACUUGCCUUGGAGGGAAAGUUGCACAAUAUGGUGGAAAAAAAUUGCUCGCAUGGAAAGGGAGGGGGAAGCACCCCUUUUACGAUCUCAGUCAGCCGAUUUACUCUA